AUGGCGACCGUGACUGCCACUGCCACCACCACCCCUCCGGCCCAGGUCUCGUACUAUGGCCAUCCUUCUCCCGCACACUCAACCACCUCUUCUCCCAUCCACCACUCUCCCACUUCCUCCUUGAAUCCUCUUCCUCUGCAGUCGCGCCAGUUGCGUCCGCCCAAGGGACCCCUGUAUGUCCCGGCCGCCCUGCGUCCCACCGAGCGACCGACCAAGUCAUCUCCUCCUACUCCUCCCCGCAGCGCUCAUAACUCCCCUGAUCGUCUGAACGGCGACAACGGCUGUCCGGCCAGUCGUCGGUCCACCGUCGAGAGCAAGGGCAGCGGCAGCGGCAGCGGCAGCGGCAUCAGCAAGUUGGCCGAGGAUGAGUGGAUGAAAAACGAGCAUCUGGGCGAGGUGACGGGGUUGCCGACGCGGGAGCAUUGGAAGGCUGACUCUGCUUCUCCUAACUGCGACUCUCCCACCUGUCGCUCCUCCUUUGGUCUCUUCCUGCGUCGUCAUCACUGCCGCCAUUGCGGCCACGUCUUCUGUUCUUCGCACACUCCCUACCUGGUCCCCCUGGACCAGGACGCCCGUUUCCACCCAGAAGGUGCCCUGUCGCGCGCCUGCGAUCUCUGCUGGAGCGCCUACCAGCGCUGGGAGGAGACGCGUGGAACCCGUCUCAGCAAGAUUCAGAGCGAGCUGGAGAGAAGCCAGGAUGCCUCCUCGCAGCACUCCGACAGCUCAGAGACCUCUUCUCAGGAGCAGCCGGCUCUAAGGCCUGGACUGCCUCAGAACUCUGAGAUUGCUGCUAGUGUUCCCAAGGACUGGAACUGGAGUACCUUCUGA